AUGUCUAUCAUGUCCGUCCGCGACAUGACGCCACCAAGGAAGGAGGCGCGCGGUGCUGGACUCGGCCCAAGGCUAACCCAACUGGAGGCCCUGAUCAGGGAGCACCGAGAAACCAGCUCGGAAGAGGACGACCUCACGGUCAGCGAUGCCCUGGCGGACCAUCCCAUCUUUAGGCCCUGCGACCAAAUGUUGCCGUACAGCAUCGCAGCACAGGCAACGCGCAUCCAUCUCGCGCCUGGCGAGGUUCUUUCGACCACCAAUGGUGGACCAGCCUAUGCUGUGGAGCGAGGAACAGUGGAGGUCCGAGUAGCCGAUGGGCCGCCGGUUCUCUUCGGUCCUGGCCAGGUCUUCAAUGUGGUCGGCUUUUUGGGAAUCGCGCACGAGGCAGAGCCUUUCAAGCCCACCGGCAUGGAUCCCACCCAAGUGCCACUGAUCAAGGGCCAUGGUGGUCCUUACGAGAUCGUGCAGCCAGCUCAGGUGCCACGAUCGCUUUUCGCGGAGAAGCGUGGUCGGCAGCAGUUGAACGUCGGCCCUGCCCCGGGGCAGGUGUGUGAAGAGGAUAAGGCGUGCUUCUUUGCGCUCUGUCCGAAUGCCGUCCUGAAGAUGAAUCCAACACCGCUGAGCCACCACAAGAUGGACGGAUGGCUGCACGUGCGUGCGCAAGGGGCGAAGGAGUUGCCAGAGGAGGAGCGCAACGUGGACGAUGCGGAACAACACCCGGGGGGCGGCGCUCGGUUGGUCGUCUUGUCGAUGGAGCUCGUCGAGAAGGUUGGUCUCUGCCUGGGAAGAGACGACCCGCGUGCCAAGACGCUGAGAUCCGCAUUGUCUGUCUUCAAGGAGCACGCCCAGUGCCUGGCUGACCGUUGGCGGGCGCUGAUAACGCGCUGCUGCAGCGCGCUGCCCGGCGUGCCACCUGAGGUCGUCUGGGCGCUUGCCGAGCAAGCCGAGCAGCGCGAUGUUGAAUCGGGGGAGGUCUUCAUCCAGGAAGGCGAGGAAGAUGAGGAUCUGGUGCUCAUCGAGGAGGGCAUGGCCGUUGUCGAAAAGUGCGUGGCUAGCACAGGGCGCCCGAGCUCCGUGGUGAUCGGCAAGCUCCGGGCGACGGCCAUCAUUGGAGACAUAUCCUUAGCCGGGUCGUCCCUGCCCCGGCCCGCCAGCGUCCGGGCCACGGCCUUCACGGAGAUCCUCCGCAUCCCGGCCGCCGCUGUGCUCUUCGUGGCGGGAAGAUAUCCCGGCGCUCUGGCCGGCAUCGCUCACCGGCUCAAAGAGGUGGGAAACAACCUGCAGAUGCGGCUGCCCAUGAGAUCCGAGGUGAUCGAGAGCCUCGAUGUCUUCGCCGGCACGGAGGAGAGUUUCAAGAAAGAGGUGGCGGCUCACGGGAAGCGUUACGUCUGCUCCGUCGGCGAGAUCGUGGCUGAUGGUACAAGGGCCAACGACUCUUUGUACGUGCUGGAGCACGGCACCUGCUGUGUCGAGGACUGCCACAGCCGCAUCUUCGACGAGGCGCUCGGGCGCGCCUUUCUUUGGUUGCGCGAAGAGGAAGCAGGUCUGAUCGGUCAGUACACGGACUAA